UGUAGACCACAAAAAGAGUGUAGUAUCGGAGACUAACAUCACAGCCAUCCAUCCUAAACAAUCCAACGGUUACAAUUAUUUCCACUUUUUAUUAAAAGAUAUUUACAUAUUAGGCAAAUACAGCAGUAUACGACAAACAUACGCUUUUAACCGUCUUUAAGGAGUUAAACGAGCGGUUUCCUCCCAGAACUGAAGAUUGUUUCGGCAGUUAAAUAUGGUAUCUGUGGCUAUCCACCGGAGUAGCCCGUUCGUGUAAAUGUCGCACUAAUUUUUUGUAUCAACCGUGAAGGAAGAGAUUUUGUUGUGCUGCUAAAUCAUGAGUAAAGAGAAGGAGUCAUCAGAUCCUAUUCCCCAUGUGGAAAGUUCUGAUUCCGAGGAAUUCAUGGACGAUAUGGAAAGGGGAGGUUCGGAUUCUGAUAGUCAUGUAGAAGAGUCUACAGAAGACAACAAUGACGAGUACACCUGCCAUAUAGGUUUAGAUGGUAUUAAAUUCUAUACUCCUAAAUGUGACGAGGAGCACAAGCCAAAGUUAAAUCAACAUUUCCCAACUUUGGAGCAUGCAUAUCAAUUCUAUAGAGAAUAUGGAAGGCUUUGUGGUUUUGAUGUGAUUAAAUCAACAGAAAAAUCUGACAGACGUGGCAAUUUGUAUGCAAAGUAUUAUCAAUGCAGUCGUGGAGGCAAACCAGAUACCAACUACUCUGAAAACUAUGUUGAUAACCCUGUUCAGGGACCACGUAAGAGGACAACAUCUAAAAGAUGUCAAUGCAAAGCUCGGAUUAUCAUGAAAGUUGCUGGUCUAAGAGGUUUUGUUCUAAUGGGUUUUGUGGAGGAACACAAUCAUCCCCUUGCUACUGGAGCUGCUAACAUGUUUUUGCGCUGUAAUAGAAAUUUAUCAUAUGCUUAUCAGAAUUUCAUAAUGGAUUGUUCGCGAGCCAACAUAGGUCCCACACGUGCUCAUAAUUUAGUGAAGGAGAUGACUGGUUCCUUCGAUAAUAUAGGUGCAACUGUGGAAGAUUUUAAAAAUUUUAACCGAGAUGUUAAAAGUCGUAUUGGUGCUCAUGAUAGUGAUAUGAUAUUGGAUAGGUUCAAGAGCAACAAAGCUGCAUCCAAAAACAGCUUUUAUUAUGACUAUAAGGUUGAUAGUGAAGGGCGUUUGACUGGCCUUUUCUGGACAGAUACUGUAGCACAAGCUAAUUAUGAUGUGUUUGGCGACAUAGUGUCCUUUGAUCCUACAUUCCGCACCAACAGGUACAACAUGGUUUUUGUACCUUUCACUGGUGUGAAUAAUCAUUGGAAGAACGUGACUUUUGCUGCGGGACUUUUGGAGAAGGAAGAUUACAAAAACUUUAAGUGGCUUGUAAAUGCCUUUGUCGAUGCAAUGGGACGCCCUCCCAGAACGGUUAUAACCGAUCAAUGUCCUGCCAUAAAGAAGGCUUUGGAUAAAUGGUGGCCUUCUACCACUCACCGCCUCUGUAUGUGGCAUAUCAUGAAUAAGCUACCAAUGAAGGUUGGUCCUAAACUUUCAUCAAACAAAAAGUUUGUUGACAGAUUGAAGUCGGUUGUGUACUCUGAUCAUCUAACACCCUCCGAGUUUGAGUCUGAUUGGAAAGCUGUGAUGGCAGAAUUCAAUUUGGAGGACAAUGCUUGGCUCAAUGAAAUGUUUGACAUUCGCGCUCAAUGGAUACCUGCAUAUUUCUCUGAUAUAGAAAUGGCCGGCUUACUUAGAACAACAUCACGGUCUGAGAGUUCAAACUCUUUUUUCCAGCAUUUUCAUGAAAGCGGUGACACUUUACGUGAAUUCUACUCCAGUUUUGAAAGCGCUAUGGACAAGCAGCGUCUUAUAAAUGCCACUGAUGACAAGAGAUCUCAUGAGACUCCAAAGACUGAGACUUCACUGCGUAUAGAGUUAGAUGCUUCCAAAGUGUAUACGCUGGAAAUUUAUUAUCUUGUGCGGGAGCAAAUUAAGUCAGGAUGCUAUCAUAAUAUCCUAAAUGACAGGAUGAUAGGCACUGACUCCUCAUACUUUAAAUUUAAAGAUGAGCUGCUUAACAACAAGGUGUUUGAGGUGACGGUGCGCCACUGUGAUAACUAUGUUGAGUGCACUUGUAAGUUAUUCUUUCAAAAAGGAUAUCUUUGCAGUCACGCCUUUGCAGCUCUACACCAUUGUGGUGUAAAAGAAAUUCCUCGUGAACUUGUGAAGGCACGCUGGACUAAGGAUGCAAUAAAAAAUCACUCAUUCCUGUUGUCUUCUGAAUUAUCAUAUGGAGGGCACAAAAAGGACAGAGCAAAGCUUAAACGCACUAGGGCGUGGUUUGAAUUUAAUAGCUCGAUUAACCUUGCCGGUGAUGACAUGGAUCAGCUUGAUUUGAUAGUAGCGGGGUUAGAGUCCAUCACUAAUUCUCUGAAUGCAAAGUCUAAGUCUGCUAACACAGAUGAUUCAAGUCAUAGAGCUGACAAGUUUGUUGGCACAGUACCUCGUGAUGAAAUCCUUAUUCAGAAUCCGAAUAUUAGCAGGAAUAAAGGCUGUGGUAGUCGGUUGAAAAGCAGUCGUGAACUCUCUGCUCAGGACAGGAAGAAGCGAAAGUGUGGUAUUUGUAACCAGCUCGUACGCCAUAAUGCCCGUACCUGUCCAGAAGCGCAAAAAGAUCCUGCAAUUUGAUAAUAUUGUUAUGUUAGUCUGCAAUUUUUAAUAUGAAUUUGCUAAAUUUUCUUGUUAAAAGUUUGUAGUUCAAUCUCUACUAGGAGCUUAAUUUUAAUCAUGGUUUGCUUUUAUUUAUUUUUUUCCAAAACCAGAUGUUGAUAUUUACGCUUUCAUGUUAUAGUUAAGCAUCCCGAUUAAUGCUAUUUCAGUGCUUAACUUUAUGCCUUCAGUUGCUGGGUUUUUUUUCUGUGUUAUC